GAAAACCAUGGCAGAAAAACCUAAACUUUACUAUUUUAAUGGAAGGGGGAGAAUGGAAUCUGUCCGCUGGCUCUUGGCAGCAGCUGGUGUUGAGUUUGAAGAAGAGUUUUUGGAAACUAGAGAGCAGUAUGAAAACUUGUUAAAAGAUGGAUACCUGCUCUUUCAACAAGUCCCAAUGGUGGCAAUUGAUGGACUGAGGCUGGUGCAAACUCGAGCCAUCCUCAACUACAUAGCUGCAAAACACAACCUCUAUGGGAAGACCCUAAAGGAGAGAGCUCUAAUUGAUAUGUAUGUGGAAGGAACCACCGAUCUCAUGGGACUAAUCAGGGUUCACUACAAAUUAGAGCCUGAAGAAAAGGAGAAGAAUCUAAGUUUGAUCAUCGAGAGAGCCACAAAAAGAUACUUCCCAGUAUAUGAAAAAGUUUUAAAAGACAGCGGUCAGCAUUUUCUGGUUGGAAACCAACUAACCUGGGCUGAUGUCCAACUAAUUGAGGCCAUAUUCAUGGUAGAUGAAAAGGAGCCCACCGUUCUCUCAGAGUUUCCUUUAUUGCAGGCUUUUAAAGUGAGAAUGAGCAACAUUCCUACAAUUAAGAAGUUCCUGCAACCCGGCAGUCAGAGGAAGCCUCCUCCUGAUGAAGCUUUUCUAGCAACGGCAAAGAGAGUCUUCAACAGGAAAUAAAACAAACUGGGAACAUGCUGUGAUUAUGAGCUUAUUUAAACUGCUUCUUGUGAGGAGCUGUUUAUAUUUGAGGUUGUACUGAUGAUCCUGGACAUUUGUGGACUCCACUGAAUUAUUAGUUAUGCUGGAAUUGAUUUUCCUAAUAACAUUCUGAGACUGAUUCAAAACCUAUUAUAACUAAAUAGGAAAAAUGAACAUCCAGAUCUUGAUUCAAAUAUUUGAUAAUUUGUAAUCCAUUUACUGAUCACGUGAUGUUAUCAUAUUUUGUAAUCCACCUUCUGGUUGAUGGGAAAGGUUCUGGGUUUUUUUGGUCAUACUUGUAAUCCAGUUUGAAUCUCAGUGGGAAAGGAAGACUAUAAAUGGAAAUAAUGACAAAUAAAGUAUACUGAGACAUUU